AUGACACCUCAGCUAGAGAGAUUUAUUAAAGCUUUAUCCCGCCUUUUAGGAUGGGCAUAUAUGAUCUGUUGGUCGGGAUCAUUCUACCCACAGCCCAUCGGAAAUUGGAACCGCAAAUCCACGGUCGGCCUAUCUAUUGAUUUAUCCACUAUCAACCCUCUGGGCUUUGCCUCCUACACGAUAUACACUGCAGCCUUCCUCUACUCCCCAGUCAUUCGAUCACAAUAUGCGGCCCGUUAUCCUGCUUCCAUCGAAUCGACCGUCCGGUUCAAUGACUUCGCAUUUGCGGCCCACGCAGUGAUCUUGUCCGUUCUGAUGUACACGCAGUUCUGGCCAUCCAUUUGGGGAUUGAAUGUUUCCCGUUUCCAAAGGGUCAGCUGGACAAUGGCAGGUCUCUUUUGGGGUUCUAUCUUGGCUCCUUUGGUGGUUGUGGCGAUUGUGUUAGUGCGAAGUCCGGAUGGAGGAUACGAUCCAUCGUCUUGGGCGUGGAUUGAUGUGAUCUACAUGUUUUCGUACAUCAAACUCCUGAUUACUGUCGUGAAGUAUAUGCCCCAGGUGGCGUUGAACUACAAGCGGCAAUCUACGGAGGGGUGGAAAAUUGGCACCAUCCUUCUGGACUUGGCUGGCGGAAUACUUUCCAUGGUCCAACUCGUACUUGACUCCAGCCUUCAAGGUGACUGGAGCGGUAUCACUGGCAACCCCGUCAAACUACUUUUGGGUAACAUUACAAUCUUCUUCGAUGCAGUCUUCUGCAUCCAACACUACGUUUUAUACCGUGAUACCCCUGAUUUGAAGAGAACACCUGGACCAGGCGAGCACACACCCCUUUUGGUCGAGCAAGAUGACGCUGUGAGA